GCUGCCCAGUGAAAAGUCAACACAGUAGGACAGUGCGCUUCCUCACUUUGACACCAUAUGCUCACAGACGCCACAAUGGAUUCCCGUUUUCGCGCACUUUGCAUGACUUUUGUUCUGGCAUCGUUCACCCGGAGGUCAGGUGCGGUCGGACCGGUUAUCAGAUGCGAGCCAUGUGAAGUUGGAGCGCGGCUUUUGUGCAAACCUUUACCUAAGGACUGCGCCGAGAAAGUCCGCGAACCGGGCUGCGGCUGCUGCAUGACUUGCGCUCUGAGCUUCGGCCAGCCGUGCGGCGUGUACACCGGGAGAUGUGGCUCCGGACUGAGUUGUCAGCAUCAGCCCGGUGAGACGAAACCUCUGCAGGCUCUGCUGGAGGGACGGGGGAUUUGUGCAAACGCUACUAAUAAACGACUUACCGCCAGACCAACACCUCCAGUCAAUGAACUGCCAGCAGAGAAUAUUGAGCCUCAGGACGAUGAGCGGAAUUCCACCGGCUCAGGCCUUCAGACCUCAUCCAGCACCCACAGACCCAUGUUGGGACCCCUGAGACCUCCUCUUCACCCAUUUUUCCCCUCUGUCAAGUCAGAGGUCCUCGGACGGGAGCAGCAGAAGAAAACCCAGUGCUUUAAAAUGGAGGAUCUCCCAGGACCACUUAUCAUAGACCAACAAAACUUCUCUCUGGAGACAAAACAGGAGCCUGAGUAUGGUCCCUGUCGGAGAGAGAUUGAGAGCAUUCUCAGCAGCCUCAAGAUUACAGACAUUCUCAACCCCAGAGGUUUCCGCAUACCAAACUGUGACAAGAAGGGCUUCUAUAAGAAAAAACAGUGCCGUCCAUCCAAAGGCAGAAAGCGAGGCUUCUGUUGGUCUGUGGACAAAUAUGGGAAUCCUCUGCCAGGUUUUCAUGGGAAGGAGCGAGGAGACGCCCAGUACUACAACUCCGAGAGCCAAUAGGAGCAGGACCAAGACGGAGGGAAGGUGGGAGUGAGAGCAAGAAGAAUUGUAAACAAAUGGAGACACUGAGGAUAUUGGGAAAGAGGUCAAAAGAUGGCUCAGCCGAUAUAUGGAUGUUUGCUUUUUCUAUCUGUUGCCUGUGGGACCUUUUUCAGAGGCAGAGCAUAAGGAACAGAGGAAGAGUACCAGGAGGGAAAAAAAGCCCUUGUGUGACAAAUGCUGUACUUUUCUGCGAUGGUUGGAUUCUUCAUAAGCUUUUUGUCUACGACUUCAACCAGGACAACUUUUGAGAAGAGGAUACACUUUAAAGAAUCUCAAAAGCCUUAUUCUGAAUAUAAAACACAAAGACAUUUGUCACAAACAUUGAAUGAGUGCGCUAUUCAUUUACGCACAAUUAAGUGGCAUUGCACACGUGUACAUGCUUGUGAUGUGUAAUCAUAAUUUGUAUGCUUGUGAUUUGUUAUAAAGACAUUGUGUGUGGUCACAACGACCAUGUAAUUUAUGUAUGCAUGAAUAUGUCCUUCGGAGUAAGCAUGCAGUGCCUUACUAUGAAUUCCAUUUUUUUCCAGUUGCUUCCUGCUCCUCGAGGAGUUAGACUGGACUGUGCAACUCAAACACUACAGUGCGCAUAAAGUUUUUUUUAAUGCUAGAUCUGAAGCCACAAGAAGACGGACAUUUUCUUUAGUCUGUACUGUGGUUGUUAAUGUUUUGUUGUCACUUUGCAUAAGCUGAAUUGUUGGGAUAAAGUCCACAAACCGUUAUCUCUGAUCUCUGUGUAGCCAGGGAUCAUUUUCAUCACUUCUCCUCGGUUUCAGUAAAUACGCUGUUUGCGUGUAAAAUGCAACCCUCAGAGGUCUA